AUGACCGUCAACCGCAGCGAGUACAGCGCCAAGGCUGGCGAACGCUACGAUGUCGUCAAGCCGAAAGAAUCCGACCUGCUUCGAGGUGAUGGUCACUUCGAGGGCCAGACCCAGAAUCAGAAGGACUUCCAAGCAGGACGAGGCGAUCGCUAUGAUACAGUACGACCCGGCGCAUCAGACAUCUGGAACAAGGAAGGCGGCGUCGAGCAGAUGACCGUCAACCGCAGCGAGUACAGCGCCAAGGCCGGCGAACGCUACGAUGUCGUCAAGCCGAAGGAGUCGGACUUGUUGAGGGGAGACGGCCACUUCGAAGGUCAGACCCAAAAUCAGAAGGACUUCCAAGCAGGACGAGGCGAUCGCUAUGAUGCUGUGAAGCCUGGAGCAUCAGACAUCUGGAACAAGGAAGGCGGAGUCGAGCAGAUGACCGUCAACCGCAGCGAGUACAGCGCCAAGGCUGGCGAACGCUACGAUGUCGUCAAGCCGAAGGAGUCGGACUUGUUGAGGGGAGACGGCCACUUCGAAGGUCAGACCCAGAAUCAGAAGGACUUCCAAGCAGGACGAGGCGAUCGCUAUGAUGCUGUGAAGCCUGGAGCAUCAGACAUCUGGAACAAGGAAGGUGGCGUCGAGCAGAUGACCGUCAACCGCAGCGAGUACAGCGCCAAGGCUGGCGAACGCUACGAUGUCGUCAAGCCGAAGGAGUCGGACUUGUUGAGGGGAGACGGCCACUUCGGAGGUCAGACCCAAAAUCAGAAGGACUUCCAAGCAAGACGAGGCGAUCGCUAUGAUGCUGUGAAGCCUGGAGCAUCAGACAUCUGGAACAAGGAAGGCGGCGUCGAGCAGAUGACCGUCAACCGCAGCGAGUACAGCGCCAAGGCUGGCGAACGCUACGAUGUCGUCAAGCCGAAGGAGUCGGACUUGUUGAGGGGAGACGGCCACUUCGAAGGUCAGACCCAGAAUCAGAAGGACUUCCAAGCAGGACGAGGCGAUCGCUAUGAUGCUGUGAAGCCUGGAGCAUCAGACAUCUGGAACAAGGAAGGCGGAGUCGAGCAGAUGACCGUCAACCGCAGCGAGUACAGCGCCAAGGCUGGCGAACGCUACGAUGUCGUCAAGCCGAAGGAGUCGGACUUGUUGAGGGGAGACGGCCACUUCGAAGGUCAGACCCAGAAUCAGAAGGACUUCCAAGCAGGACGAGGCGAUCGCUAUGAUACAGUACGACCCGGCGCAUCAGACAUCUGGAACAAGGAAGGCGGCGUCGAGCAGAUGACCGUCAACCGCAGCGAGUACAACGCCAAGGCUGGCGAACGCUACGAUGUCGUCAAGCCGAAGGAGUCGGACUUGUUGAGGGAGACGGCCACUUCGAAGGUCAGACCCAGAAUCAGAAGGACUUCCAAGCAGGACGAGGCGAUCGCUAUGAUGCUG